AGCAGCAGUGAGGAGCUGAGCCGGUAACCACACCAAACGCUCCUCCUGCAGCUGCAACUAAACUUUCACUCGCUUUUUCUUUCUUCUUUGUUCGUGUGUUUUCGGACUCAGUUCGCUUCGGUUCGAUUUGCAGCGGCAGAACGAAGAGCGCGAACCGCAGAAAGUUUGAGUCCGGGAUCAGAGAGCGGGGAACCAGGGAGCAGAGACCCGGAGACCCGCUCCUGAUGCGGACUGACGGCGGGGUCUUGAACUUUCACAGCGGCUCCAAAGAAACGGAGAGCAGCGGGAAGGCGGCGGGGAGGCGCAGCGGAGCCCCGGAGAGCGGCGGCUCCUCCUCGGUGAUAUUUUAGACUGAAGUGUCGAGCUGUUACAUAAGAGACACAAAGAAGACAUAAAUCCUGAAUGAGAGCUCCGGGAGCUGGAGCGGAGACUGAUCUGGACUUGGACGGAGGGAGUUGAGUUUCCAGCAGAGAGAGCAGGACGCACAUGGACGAACUGAUCCUCUGUGUGCGCACGGUCCUGCUGCGGCUCUGAUCCGGCCCUGAUCCGGCUCUGAUCCGGUCCUGAUCCGGUCCUGUCUGAGUGAAGAUGAAACUUUGGGACGCGUCCUCCUGCUGGACCUGGAUUAUUGUGAAUUUACCGGUUUCUGAGGACGAACCGUCUGCGUGAAGGUUUCCCGUCUCACAGAAGAAGAAGAAGAAGCUUCAGCGGCCGCGCAGCUGAAGAUCAUGGAUCAUUAUUUUUAUUAUUGUUGUUAUUAUUAUUGUUAUUAUCACACUGCAUGCUGGGACACACCAGUUAAACACCAGCGCUAAUAAUCGAUGAUUAUUGAUUAGUUAUUGAUGCUCCGUGCGGAUCAAACUGAAUAAAGCAACAGUUCUGCUCUGCUGAGAACCCGGACACUCACAGUGUUUAAUGUGUUUGGGUUCUGGUCCUGGUUCUGGUCCCUGCGGGUCACAGCGCGCUCACAGCUGAAGAGAAGAGACGCGGAUGUUCGCCGCGCCGCCGCACAUGGAGCGCUCCGGGCGGCCGCCGCUGCCGCUGCCGCUGCCGCUGCUGCUGCUGCUCGGCCUGCUGCUCCGACUGUGCUCCGCCGUCACCGACGACCGACUCUUCUCCGACCGGUACGCGGUCUACUGGAACAGCUCCAACCCCAGGUUCUUCCGGGGGGAGUACACGGUGGAGGUGGCCAUCAACGACUACCUGGACAUCUACUGUCCUCACUAUGAGGGGGCGGAGUCUGCCGAGCGCAUGGAGCACUAUGUGUUGUAUAUGGUGAACUACGACGGCUACACCACCUGCGACCACCACAGGAAGGGCUUCAAGCGCUGGGAGUGUAACCGCCCCCAGAGUCCCAGCGGCCCCCUCAAGUUCUCCGAGAAGUUCCAGCUGUUCACGCCCUUCAGCCUGGGCUUCGAGUUCAGGCCGGGCCACGAGUACUACUACAUCUCGUCUCCACAUCCAAACCUGGCCGGGAAACCCUGUCUGAAGCUCAAAGUCUACGUCAAACCAACCAAUGACUCGGUGUACGAGUCUCCGGAGCCCUUCCUGACAGACGACACCACCGGUGGCUGCGGCCUCGCUCUCCCUCGCCUCUCCCUGCUGUUCGCUACGUCGCUCGUCCUGCUCCUCAUCCUCCUCCUCCCUUCCUCAUAGCACUUCCUCUUCAUCCUCCUCUUCACCGUCCUCCAGUCGCUCCGAGGAGAAAUGACCGACCCGAGGCGGGAAACCGAUCCGGCUCCUUCUCCCCGACCUCUGACCUUCACCUGAACUCUGCUCAGCAGCUCGGCCAAUCAGAGGAGGCGGAGGUCACUGCUGGAUCGUCUCUGCUCUGAUGAUGUUUCUGACUCCUUCCGUCUGACUGACAUCUCUCUGACACAUGUUGUUUCUUCUUUUAAACUCUGGAGACAAAACUUCACUUUUCUACAAAAUCCUCUUUUUAAUUGAACAAAUAAAAACAAACUUAACGAGCCACAUCAGUGUUUCACAGGUUUCACCUACAGAAACAAACGACACUUUUUACAUGAAAUCUGGAUCUUUUUAAAUAUUAGAAAGAUAGUGCAGAAGAAUAUGAAUAAAUUAAUAAAAUGAAAUAACCUUUAAUGACUUUGUGUAAAAACACAGUGACUCUCCACAGUCACAUGCUGAACAUUAACGUCAACAAUUGUUGUGAUGAUUAGACAGUGAACACACUGAUUUUCAUAUUGUAUGUGAAUGAAUGGAAAUCAAUGAGAAAAGAAAAUACAUCAGAAACUGCAGAUAAAUUCUCUGCACAACACAUAAUACACACACACACACACACACACACACACACACACCACACACACACAUAUAUAUAUAUAACAUCUUCAGCUGUAAUAUCUAUUAUCUCUAUAUACUAUAACUAUAUAUAACAGGUUGUGAUCAUUCAUUAAAAAAUCUAAUCUGGCGUUAAACAGCUGAAAUAAACACUGGUCUUCUCUUUAAGUUCUGAUUAAUAAUCAAACCGAUUGAUCCAGAUGAUCAAGUAGAAACAUCAUGUGACUGUGUGUCGGCUGACAGACGACUCAUGGAGCCUGAACUCAUCAGGCUGAUCUUCAUCUUCAGCUCCGGACGUCUCAUCAGACAGACAUCAUCAUCAUCAUCAUCAUCAUCAUCAUCAUCAUCAUCAUCAUCAUCCAGUCUGCAUGAACACCAGCAGAAACAGACUCAGCAUCAGCAGUU